AUGGACCCCUGGGGACACCAAAUGGAAAUUCCUGAAAUAGGCUAUUCCGUGGUUGAAGGUGCAUUAAUCCAGGUAAAAUUUGGAAAUACAACAUUUAAGACAGAUGUGUAUCCCAAAUCUCUUAAUCCUCAGUGGAAUUCUGAGUGGUUCAAAUUUGAAGUAGAUGAUGAAGAGCUACAAGAUGAGCCUCUCCAGAUCACAGUUCUUGAUCAUGAUACCUACAGUGCUAAUGAUGCCAUUGGCAAAGUGUACAUAGAUAUUGAUCCUUUGCUCUAUAGUGAAGCAGCUACAGUUAUUUCAGGAUGGUUUCCAAUUUAUGAUACCAUUCAUGGUAUACGUGGGGAGAUCAAUGUGGUGGUGAAAGUAGAUCUCUUCAAUGAUUUAAACAGAUUUAGGCAGUCAUCCUGUGGAGUCAAGUUUUUUUGCACUACAUCUAUUCCUAAGUGUUACAGAGCAGUAAUAAUUCAUGGAUUUGUGGAAGAACUUGUAGUUAAUGAAGACCCGGAAUACCAGUGGAUAGACCGAAUUCGUACACCAAGGGCAUCGAAUGAGGCCAGACAAAGACUUAUUUCACUCAUGUCAGGUGAACUGCAAAGGAAGAUUGGCUUGAAGGUGCUUGAAAUGAGAGGAAAUGCUGUUGUUGGUUAUUUGCAGUGUUUUGAUUUGGAGGGAGAAUCUGGACUAGUAGUGCGAGCCAUAGGAACAGCCUGCACGUUGGAUAAAUUAAGUAACACAUCAACAUUUUUACCUGCAUGCAACUCCCCAUCCAAAGAAAUGAAGGAGUCUCCGCUGGUUCAUCCGCCAAGCCAUGGAUGCCGCUCGACUCACAACAGCCCAAUUCACACUGCUACUGGCUCACGACUUACUCAGAACUUCUCUGUGUCUGUUCCCACUCUCAUCUACACUGGAAUGGGCAGUGGGAGUGCUGGAAAAGAAGGGGGGCCAUUUAAAACUCUUUUAAGACAACAGACUCAGUCAGCUCUGGAACAAAGGGGAGGAUCGCCUCAUAGGUUCUGUAGAAGGCGGGAAUUUCCAUUUUUUACCUUGACGACCUUCCCACCAGGCUUUCUUGUCCAUGUUGGCGGUGUUGUCAGUGCACGGUCUGUGAAGCUUCUGGAUCGCAUUCACAAUCCUGAUGAACCAGAGACGCGAGAUGCAUGGUGGGCAGAAAUCAGACAAGAAAUAAAAUCCCAUGCCAAGGCACUGGGUUGUCAUGCUGUAGUGGGCUACAGUGAAUCAACUAGCAUUUGUGAAGAGGUCUGUAUUUUGUCCGCGUCUGGCACAGCAGCUGUACUGAACCCUAGGUUUCUUCAGGAUGGCACCAUGGAAGGCUGUUUGGAACAAAGGAUUGAAGAAGCUUCACCACCAGGUUGUGGAUUUUGCCAUAUACCAUAUGAUGAACUGAACAUGCCGUUCCCUGCUCACCUCACUUAUUGUUACAACUGCAGGAAGCAAAAAGUUCCUGAUGUCCUUUUCACCACAAUUGAUCUUCCUGUAGAGGCAAUAGUUAUUGGGAAGGGAUGUCUUAUUCAAGCCAGGUUAUGCCGUCUAAAGAAGAAAGCUCAAGCUGAAGCAAAUGCGACGUCUAUCAGUAAUCUCUUGCCAUUUAUGGAAUAUGAAGUACACACCCAACUGAUGAAUAAACUUAAGCUGAGAGGAAUGAAUGCUCUGUUUGGGCUGAGAAUUCAGAUCACUGUGGGUGAAAAUAUGCUCAUGGGGUUGGCAUCUGCAACAGGUGUGUACCUAGCAGCUUUGCCAACACCUGGUGGUAUUCAGAUUGCUGGGAAGACUCCAAAUGAUGGCACCUAUGAGCAGCAUAUAUCUCACAUGCAAAAGAAAAUAAAUGAUACAAUAGCAAAAAACAAGGAACUUUAUGAGAUUAAUCCUCCAGAGCUACCUGAAGAAAUCAUUGGGUCUCCCAUUCCAGAGCCAAGACAGCGUUCCAGGUUGUUAAGAUCUCAGUCAGAAAGCUCUGAUGAAGUUACAGAGCUAGACCUUUCACAUGGGAAGAAGGAUGCUUUUGUCUUGGAGAUUGAUGAUACAGAUGCAAUGGAAGAUGUACAUUCUUUACUAACGGAUGUUCCACCACCUUCUGGUUUUUACAGUUGCAACACAGAAAUUAUGCCUGGUAUAAAUAACUGGACACCAGAAAUUCAAAUGUUCACAGCAGUAAGAGUAUCCAGAUUAAGCAACAUUAACCUAACAAAUCAAACACUUAAUAAGAACUUUAAUGAUCUCUGUGAGAAUCUGUUGAAGAGCUUGUAUUUUAAACUACGGUCGAUGGUUCCCUGCUGCCUUUGUCAUGUCAACUUUACAGUUGCUCUACCAGAGGAUGAGUUAGUUCAGAUUGCAGUCACAGCUGUUGCAAUUACAUUUGACAAAAACCAGGCAUUACAAGCCAACAAAGCCCCUACAGAAAAAUCACAGCAAAGAGCGUCUACAGACAAUGAAGAACAGCUACAAUUUCCAUUGGAACUUUCCUCUGAUCCACUUGCUUCUCAGCCGUUCUCACCAGCUAAAGAAGUCCUGGAGGGUGCAAGUUCCCACACAGGUAUUCCUGCUGCUCAGAGAGCAACGUCAAUUGAUUACAGUUCCUUUGCAGACAGAUGCAACAGCUGGAUAGAGCUCAUUAAACUGAAAGCUCAGACCAUAAGGCGCGGAUCAAUUAAGACAACUGCUUCACUUGAUAAAACAAGUCCAUUGGCCGAGGGAUACUUACGGCAUCGUUCAGUUCCAUCAUGCACCAACUCUACUGUCUCAGUCGUUAAGAUGACACCUCUUUCUUUUCUACCUGGGGCAAAAAUAACCAAAUAUCUUGGGAUAAUCAACAUGUUUUUUAUACGAGAAACCACUUCUUUGCGUGAGGAGGGUGGUGUCAGUGGUUUUCUCCAUGCAUUUAUCGCUGAAGUGUUUGCGAUGGUGAGAGCUCACGUUGCAGCUUUAGGGGGGAAUGCCGUUGUCUCAUACAUAAUGAAGCAGUGUGUUUUUAUGGAGAAUCCAAACAAAAAUCAGGCCCAGUGUUUAAUAAAUGUAAGUGGUGAUGCAGUCAUCUUUGUGUGUGAAUCUGAGUUAGAAAUGUUACCAGUACAACCUGCUACGGUUGUUUCUCAACCCACAAGUUCUGGAGAUGUCACAACGUGA